AUGCUGACACUCUCUGUCCUCCGUGUUCCGUUUGCCGUGCAGCUAGGGAACCGAGGGGAGGUGGCAAAAGCUGUCGCCGCGCCCGCACCCGCCGCGGCUGCGGCAGCGCCGCCCGGCGCCCCCGCGCUGGGCUAUGGUUACCACUUCGGCAACGGCUAUUAUAGCUGCCGUAUGUCGCACGGCGUGGGCUUGCAGCAGAAUGCUCUCAAGUCGUCGCCGCACGCCUCUCUCGGAGGCUUCCCCGUGGAGAAGUACAUGGACGUGUCGGGCCUGGCUAGCAGCAGCGUACCCACCAACGAGGUGCCCGCGCGAGCCAAGGAGGUGUCAUUCUACCAGGGCUACACGAGCCCCUAUCAGCAUGUGCCUGGGUACAUCGACAUGGUGUCCACUUUUGGCUCCGGGGAGCCUAGGCACGAAGCAUACAUCUCCAUGGAGGGCUACCAGUCCUGGACGCUGACCAACGGGUGGAACAGCCAGGUGUACUGUGCCAAGGACCAGCCACAGGGGUCCCACUUUUGGAAAUCUUCCUUUCCAGGGGAUGUGGCUUUAAAUCAGCCAGACAUGUGUGUCUACCGUCGGGGAAGGAAGAAAAGGGUACCCUACACCAAACUGCAGCUCAAAGAACUGGAGAACGAGUAUGCCAUUAACAAGUUCAUUAACAAGGACAAGCGGCGGCGGAUUUCAGCUGCCACAAACCUAUCGGAGAGACAAGUGACCAUUUGGUUUCAGAACCGAAGAGUAAAGGACAAGAAAAUUGUCUCCAAGCUCAAAGAUACUGUCUCCUGA